GGGGGGGGGGGGUACGUGAGACUGUGACGUGAUAAUCGGACAUGGUAAUAAUCCGUGACGUGGUAAUCACUUUGGCAUAAAAGUUGUGCGCAUGCAGUGCUGCUGGGGGGCUAUCGGAACACUUGUUUAUAAGUGUUAAAUAAUAUGUUUACACUACUUGGGCCAAAAACUUUCAAAAACGAAAGAUUAAAAAAUGUAUUAUGUGCGCUCACAGCUCGAUAGGCGGAUAAGACAAUUUACCAUGUCAAAUUAUCCUAUGCGCCAAAGUAAACAAUAUUGAUUGUUUACAUUGGCGCAUUGGUUAAUUUGGCAUCGUAAAUUAUCCUACCCGCCACCCAUCUGACAGAAUGCUCAUUGGUAAAUAACGGCUUCUCUCUCCUCUCACGCGCUGGAGGCAUUGAAAUAUUUCAUGCUCUUCAUCAGCUGAUGCCUACACGUUGCGAGAGGGUUGGAAAUACAUUAUUAUUACAAAAAUUUAGUUUUUGUUUAAAUCGAGAUUUAAAUUUUAUUUGAUAAAGUUUUAUGUGCAAUGCCACAUGAAUAUAGUCCAAUGCCAAUGUCUUAUGUGCAAAAAUUGUUCUAUGAAACGUGUCCUAUGUGCACUCACAGGUUGUAUGAACCAAAUUGCGUCAGAACUAAGCGUAAUCUUGUCUUUUAUAUAAUCCCGAGAUGUACACUUGAAAAGCAUUACUCUAGACCCAUUUGGGCGUUUUCAGAAUCGAAAAAUACCCAAACGUGUUUGAAUGGGAUUUAAAAAUGUGCACCAAAACUUUAUCAUCAAAUUUCUCAGAUUGAGGUUUUUGCACAUAGGACCUUUUGAAAAAGUACUCUAGAAUUAGAGUUCAGGUGCUGGCCGGAACGAGAAGACGAGCUGGGGACUGCAGGAGUGUUAAAAGAAAAUGAGCAAGCAACCACUUGGCUGUCGCUGGUGUCCUGAAGGCGGUUCGCUGUGGCAGUCCAGUGGGUAGAGACUCACUCGUCGUCAGUAGUGAUGGAAGUAGCAGCAGUAGUAAGAAGGACAAGCACCGGUCGAAUGGCGAGUGGUACGAGAAUAAAGGCCGGAAUCGGCACUCGAUCCGCGAUCCAGGGAAAAGGACCGUCAUCGGUACAAGCACAGAUCUUCGUCGGGUAAAUCGUCGAGUGCGCUGUCCUCGAAGCACCACCGCAAGGAACGCCACCGAAGGCUGUCCCACUCUUCGUCGUCCUCGGAUCGGUAUCCGCACAGUGGAGCAAUUAGCCGGCGAGAAUCGAUCGCGAGUGUUACGGAGGACUGUCUGCGGCAUCGUAAGCGUUCCAGCUCCGGUGGUUCCGCCCGAAGAAGAUUAAGUGUUAAGUUUUGACCAACAUUUUUUUUGCCAAAUUUGGUAUUGUUAGUUUAAAAAGAUGUAAAAUUUUUAUUUCGGUAGUUACUAAAUAAAACAGAAAAAGAAACAGAUUUGGGAACAUAGAAUCAAUAAUUAUUGAGAAAGGAUUUAUUGAGGAGCGAUUUGCGAACGGGAAGGUUCCCUUGAAUGAUUCCUUGACCCUUAAUCUGGACCAAGGUCACACGCUCUCCUGCCGAUACAUGAUCAACCCGUCGACCUCCAGCGAGUUCAUGUACUAGGUCCAACGUCAGCGCAAGAUUUGGUGGAUGCGGUACGUGUGCGAUCCGGGCCGGUUCUUCAUUUCGGACCCCCGCCAGGACGCGGACACGCGCGUUUAAUCCGUCGCCAUCAAGAGUCGCCUUGGCGGAGAGGAACUCACGCUAGAACAACUGGAACUCUUUCCGACGGACGCCGCCGCCCUCGAGGAAGACCUGGGGGACUUUCGAAUCAAGGUGGGCCGAACCAGCAGUAAAAGGAUUCGGCCCAGUAUGCUGCGGCUGCAUCAGUGCGUUGAAGUGGCCACGCUGCAGAUCGUGUUGGAUGCGUUUGAAAGUGGCGGCGAUGCAAGCGUGAGGAUUCACCGCAAGCUGACGCCGUUCAAGUGUGGCAUCGUGUGUCUUUCCGACAGUAAGUACUGCGUUCUUGUUUCUGAUUUGAGUUGUAACUGUCUUUCUCGCUUUCCAGACCCCGCCCUGAUGCCGGAGUUGCGUGACCUGGCCAAACACCUGUGCAACGUGCUGCGCAAAGCGAACCUUCCCGUGCUCGACUGCUCCAAGCGUAACGGCGGUCGUUCCCUGGCCAAACAGCUGCACCACCUCGACUCGAUAGCCGUCCCGUACUGCCUGCUGCUGCGCGACCAGUGUCUCCAGAAUGGCCUCUUUCAGCUGCGGUCCCGCGACACCACCCUCAGCGAAAUGAUGCACAUCUCGGAUUUACCGCAAUAUUUAUUGAAAAUAGUAACAAGUUGA